AUGGGGAAUUGGAACAUGCUCUCAAACAGGAUAGAUCAGACUCUAUUUUUAGUUUUGGAUAAACUGGUAGACUACCUCUACAACCUUGUAGACUAUGUGUCGUUAAUCAGGUGUGUUUUCUUCAAGAAGCUUCAAUACAAGAAGCAAAAGUACAGUAGCUCCUGGCAGGAAGCACCUGAAGAUGUCAUAGAGAUGAUUCUUAAGCACACGAACCUUAGUGGUCGAGUACGAUUCAGCAGUUUGUGCAAGUUUUGGAGGUGUGUUUCGAUGCGAAGAGACAUUCAUGCUCCACCACAACUCCCAUGGUUAGUUCACCCUCAAGUCCCAGCCUUCCCUAGCUACUUGAGCUUCUCAAGCCUCUCUGAGGGAAAAAUUUUCAAGUUUAGGUUCCCUAGGACAAAUUACGGUACGUUGUUUUGUGGCUCUUCCAAAGGUUGGCUGUUUAUGUCUAAGAUGUACGGAUGGCUGAGUUCUGAACAACUGUUUUUACUGAAUCCAAUUUCAGGAGCACGGCACCAACUACCCUACUUAGUGAAUUGUUCCACUGUUGAGGUACUCGCGUUAUCCAGCAAUGAUAUCUCAGAGUGUAUAGUGGCAAUAGUUCUUAAUGAUGACAAAGAAUUGGGAUUGUGUAGACCUGGAGACAAAAGCUGGAGUGUGUUCCAAGUAUUAGAUGAGACCAACUAUGUGGGUGACAUAACCAGGUUAUUGUUUUCCUCUUCGGGUACGCUAUUUGCCUUGGUUGAGUACUGUAGUGGUGCCAAUGGUGUUGGUGCAGUUCAGACUUUGAAACUUGGGGGAGACAUUGAAGUGAAAUUGCAGUUGGUCUAUUUCGAACAAAAUUGGUGGAUCAAUAAUGGGCUGAUCGAUGUCUUUCCCGGAGUGGCAUGCCAUGCAUAUUUGUUAGAAUCAACCAACAACGAAGUUCUGUUGAUCCAUCAUUUUUAUGAGGAUAUGGGAGGAGAAGGCAAUAAUGAGGAGAAUGAGGAUAAUAAACCAGAUGGCUUUGUUUACUUUAGGACAAAAUGUUUCGGAAUAUAUAAGAUUGAUGCUGACAAUUGCAACUUUCUAAAGGUACAAACUUUGGGGGACCAAAUAUUAUUUGUGGCAAACUAUGGUUCUUCCUUGGCCCUUCCGGCUUCUGAUUUCAAAGAGUUGCAGGGGAAUUGCAUAUAUUUUGCAACAAUAGGAGGCUUUAGUCCACAUCUAGAAUCCUGUAUAUCACGUGAGAUUGGCAUCUUCUACCUAGAUAGUGGAAGAGUCGAGCGACCCUUUCCAAGUAUGAUGAUACCAAGAGACGGCUGUGGACCGAGUUGGUUUACUCCAAGUUUACUGGAUAGAUGA